UAUACGGCAGUGACGUUUCCGUUCGAGGAACCUCGUGAGAGAUAAAUAUUUACUAAUUUUUUGAGAUCAGCGAUCCGAAUUUUCGGUUGGUUGUGAUUUUUAUCGUUUACUUUUCUUAGUUAUAACACUCUAGCACUGACACAUUGACGUGAAAAGCCUGAAGGACUGCCAUGAAGGUAGACACACACACGUACAAGGCCAAACCUUCAUUAUAUAUAACUCCUCAACGCGCAGAUGCGAGAACGCCACACGAGUGAGUCAACUGAGCUGGAAGUUGCUUGAAGACUUCAACCUUGUAGGCUAGAUUGGAAGACCAGCUUUCUACCGUAUAACAGGCAGUGGCGGGUUUAGUACUUUUGUAAAGCGAAGAGAACUACUUUGUGUCGAAUUAAGUCUUACCUGUUACUUGCAAACUUGGCGCUAAAAGGUGCAGACAUGGUUGUUUGAUUGAACUGCCGUCGAAGAUUGCUACAAAUGUGUAUACAAAUAGGUGCGAUUGUUUUCAUGUCAUUAUUAAGGUAAAAUCGUUUUCUUUGUAAGAAUCGAAUUAUUCAAAAUUUCUGACAAAGCUACAGGACGUUCUGUGAGUGUGUAUGUGCAAACGUAAUUUAAGUUAGUUGGUUUCUGGGCAGCUGUAGUGAAAUGGAUUUUUUAAGUCUGGAGGAACUGACCUCGUCUUCCCUGAUAGACAGUUUAAGUUCUUCUCCAGCGCUUUGCAGUAGCUUGAAGUUUCUAGGAUUAAACAGAAUGCUCACUUAUAUACAUUUUGAACCUAGUGGAAUUCAUCUCGUGAAAACCACAUUCCUCGUGACAUUGUUUCUUUGCUUCAGUAGUGGAUGCCACGCUUUGGCAGAGCCAACGUGUCAGUUUCCAGCCCAUUGGACGGGGAAUUGGUUUCAGAAAGGAUUCCGAGAUUCAAUCAGCAUCCGUGACGGUAGCAUCUCCAGUAAAGGUGUUUGUCGGGAAGUGGACGGUGACAAGUUCCUGUUAGAGACCAAAUCUGAAACCUGCUUCCGGUGCGUUGUUAUUCAUGAACGACAUGAAAAUGUGCUGCAGUAUAAGGAAACGUACUGUUCUUCAACAAACAACCUAGAAGAGAAAUGCAGAGAAAUAAGUGGUGACGCUCCACUCCACUCCAUGUUCAGGUUGGAUACCACGCCAAUUCCUUGUCCUUUUAAAGGUUCCUUCACCUUCAGUUACAGCCGAGGUCACGGCGAAUGUAGCAACCCAGUGUCAACUGUUGAUUCUUGCACAGACGAUUCUCAUCUUUUCUUUAAAUUCCAAGCAUGCGCAGAUGUGCGCAAUUCAGAGAGUAGAGAGGAAAAACUGUCUUGUUUUGGAUCAUGGAAGGAGGGCUCAACACGUUAUUUGAUUGCCAAAAUGGAACAUAAAGACACAAUCACUGAAGAAGAUAAAUUUCGAUGUUUUGUUUACGACAAAUUGAAAAACGGUUCAGGCUAUCAAAUUGCCCAAUCAGGAGACGCCACGUGUGAUGGACUAUUUUCUGCUACGGAAGGAUCGCGAACAAUGACCCUUAUCAAGAGUGAGAGUUUCUCGGGUGCCAAGUGUCGCUUUCCUCUGUGGUUUACCGAAUAUUCUCACUGGCAGUCUCUAGACGGCUCAAAAUUUUACACCACUGAUAACAGCUUGAAGUCCUUCCGCUUAUCAAAUAGUUCCAGGAAGGGUGACAGCAUGAGGGUGGCUUGCAACAGGAUCCACGAACUGCACGAUUCACUCUAUGAAAUAACAGUUCACGUAACGUCAGGCUGUAUGUUUGGAAACAGAGGGUACAAAUGUAUGCGGAUUCAUAGACGCACAUCACAUGUUGUUGAAAUCCAGAUGGGCAAGCAAGUUCUCCAUGCUGGUGAAGCAUGCUCUGAAGAUGUAUUUGAUUCGUCAGAAGAGGAGUACCUAACGCUAACAACCAAGACUCCUAAGACGGGUGGCUGCCCUCUAAUGGGAGUCUACAAGAUGAAAGAAUCGAAGCCACAGUUUGCUAUGUUAGUGGCCAGCGAUUCAGAUGACCACUCGUGCACUGAGUGGUCAGUUCUCUCAGUAGCAUGCACCAAAAACGAUCGUCUGGAAUUCCAAAUGGAAUGUUCGUCCGAGAAAAAAGUGAAAAGUUUCCAGUGUCAUGGAAGUUGGGAAGAAAAUGGAACACACUAUCUCAUUGCAAGUGUUCCGGAAACCAGGAAAAGAUACUGCAUGGCUUUUACAGAAGAAGACAAAGUAUUGUACUUGUCCAGUAGUCCGCAAGCUUGUGUACGGACCGUCAACCUUGAAAAUAAUGGUCAAGUGGUGUUCAGCAUGACGAAUAUAGGUGGAUGCAGUGAGAGAAAUGGCGCAAAGGGAACAGAUACAUCUUUUAGUCACGUACUCGUCGUUCUAGUUUUUGCUCACUUCCUGAAGCUAAUGCUAAUGGACAACACAAGGCCUUCUCGAUGAUGAAAACAAAUAGUCCAAUCAUGUCGACCAUGUCAACAUUUGGUGGCUGUAAGGCUGUGAUCAUAGAAACAUUAGGCUGUGUAAUUCCCAAAGUGUGUUGACCACAGACCAACAAAAUAAAAAUAAAAACAGAACAACACAUACACACACAAAUAUUAACAUAUGAAUUCGUUGAUAAAACGGUACGUUACUUUAAAAAAAAUGUUUGCCAAAUUAUUAUAAACAAAGUUGAAAACGGGAAUAAGUUAAAAUAAGUAAAAAAUACAAUAUAAAACUACAUCAUGGUGAUUGGUCAGCGAUUUAAAUAUCCAUCUUCUUCAGAACCAUAUACAUAUAAUGAUAACAUCUCAUGCUACAAUCGUUAAACUAGAUAUUCUACAAUAUAAUAAAGAAUAUAUUUAGGUAAAACAACUAUGAUGAAAGAUUUAGCACAAAGGAUAAAACAAAAAACUAGUAGAUAUCAAAAGUCUCGGGAACUAGAAGAUUUUCGAAUAUUUGACUGAUUUGUUUCCAAAAUUAAAAAGGGCAAUGUUUGCUUCUGGAGAAGAAUAGUCAAUUAUUCGAAAUCGCUUGAGCUUCUGGGUCUUUUGAAAUAUACGUGUAUAAAUUAUAUCGUUGUACUCUGUUAUUUGGGGAUUAAUUGCUUUUACACACUAAUGGGUGGACAUUUUUGUUUCACAAAUUACCAGAAAUAUCUACAUAUGUAAAUAAGCUAUAGGAAAGAAACUACCUACAAAAACAGACAAAAAACUAAAACCAAGCUUUCAACGUUGUGGUGAAUGAUUAUCAUUAUUAGUGUGGUCCUAAAGACGAGUUCAUAUCCAACAGAUUGAUCCCUACAUAACUUUUUUUUAUUUUUCUUUAGUUAUAUUUUAGUAAAUUCAGGGACGGUUCUAAGGUCUCAUUGUUUAGGGACGGGAGGGGGCAAAUUGGCAUUUCAAAACCCCUAAAUGAUGUAAUAUUUUAAACAUCGCAUACCACUUGUCAGUUAGUGACAUAACUCAGCAGACAUAGGUGAUGAUAUAUGGCCUCAUUUACACUAUUUAACAAUAGAUAACUUAACUUAUACAUUUUGUUGUGAUUUAGACUAGAAUAUGUGAGCCCCUUAAUGACCGCUAGGAGACAGUUGUCCUCUUUGCUCCCUCCCUCUCCCACUGCUCCUUCUCUGUUAGUAAUCUAAGCAAAUAUGUUUUUGAAAAGCUUUUCUUCAUACGUUUUAAGUGAAGAAAGUUUGACUUAUAAAAGAAGUGAUUUUCUUCCCUCUUUUGACAUAUUGGGAAUGUCAUAACUGAAGUGAUCCCCCACUUGGACAUAUUGGGAGUAUCAUAACUGAAGCGACCCCACCCCUUUUGACAAAUUGGGAGUGUCAUAACUCAAAUGAUAAAACUACUCUUUUUGCUGUUUUAAAUUUAUUUUAAUUCUAACGUUACGUAAAACAAAAUAUUGUUCUGGGUACAUGGAUUUCGUCUGUAUACAAAGUAUUAUUGUGUUUUAGUCAUUUAAGUUAUCUAAGGAGAAUGUAAGCAGUUUUUAAGUAACGCAUAAUUUACGUACUUAUUUAAUCCUGUUAAUAAAAGCAGUAUAACUGCUUGCCAUGUAAGGCUUUUCUGUUAGUUGAUAUGAUCAACAAAAGGGUUUCUUGAAAAUAACACUGCUGUUUUAAGAGAAGGUUUUGCUGAGAGUUUUAACUACUUGUUGAAUAUGAAGACUGAACGACAGGUUCCCAGAAUUGGGAGCUAUAUAUCAUAAUGGAUCUUCAGUUUAAAACAUAAUGAUUACAACUGGAUGAAGUUGUACUUUAUAAGUGAUAGUCCAUUCCAUUGAUAACGCUUCUUUCUUGUAUGCAUUCAUUGUUUCCCAGUAUACCUAACCCAGAAUCGUAUUAUUGAAGGAUCGUAGUAAUGAAACUAAUGUAAAAUUACCCUUUUGUGCAUUUAAGAAAUAGCUAUAACAGUUAAUGUUUGAAACAUUCAUGCCCUCAAGGGUUGUCAGAAUUCAGUCUCGUUGUCGCUCAUGUAACUUCAUUGUUGCAUUGUGUUAACAAUAUAAUUAUAUAUAUUCAUUUCAACAUGGAAUUUUAUUGUUCCUUUUGUUUGCUAAUUAAAAUUCAAACCGUCUUUUAAACGUUUGCCAAAAAAAUAAAUAAAUAUGUAAAAUACAUGAUUGAUAGUCGGGUUUUUUCUUUCUAACGUGCCUUGGGAUAUGCUCUCAUUUUUGUGGCUUCAAGUGUAGCUUGGAUUUAGCUGAUUUAGCGUAAUGUAUAAUGUAUUAUUAUGCAAAGAAACUUUCUUGUUUGUAUGUGAAGGGUAAAUAAAAUGUGUUUUCUUAGGGAGGAAA